AUGUCAUGAUUCUACACCCUUACCAAAUUCUAUAUCUAGCAAACAUAUUUCAGAUAUUCCAGUCAAUGUCGAUCUAACUCCAGGUUCCGUAUCUCAUUUAGCUCACUUAUUUGACAAGGCUGAAAAAACUGGUUGGAAAGAAAAAUUAUGA